CCCUUCUCUAUAUUUCUUUGUCUCCCUUUCCCUUUUCUCUCAAGCGGGAGGCCUGUGCUCCUCUUUCCUCUUCUAUCUCUUCACAUGUUUACUUCAACCACACCCAGAAAAACCCAUUUUAAAAAUGCCCACCAUGAAAGCUCCUUCUCUCUCUAAAACCAGUUAGGAAAGGCUUAGUCUUUGGUGUUCUUCAUACGCAAUUUAAGGUUUCAAGAGAGAAGAGGCUAGAGAUCAGUUUCAGGAGAGAUCUAUCUUGAGGGGUUGGUGCAUGAUCAUAAAUACAAAUUCUGGACUCUCUCUCUCUCUCCAUUUUUCCUUUCUUGGAUUGCAUAUCGGUCUCUGGUUAUGCAUGUUGAACGGGGACACUAGAGAGAAGAAAUAGAUGUUUUUGCAUGUUGUAGGCGAACAAUAGAUAGAUAGAGAGAGAGAAAGCAUGUUGUAAUGGGACACUGGAGAUAAAGCUAGAUGUUUUUGGUUGCUGUAGGGGGGCUCUAGAGAGAGAGAUGGUUUGGAAGAAAUGGUUGGGUUUUUGAGAGCGAAUGUUGCCACGAAAAGAGAUGGAGGAGGCUCCUGGUUCAGUCACUCUAUUGGGAACUUCUCUCUCAGAGAGCUCGACGGUGGCUAGAGAUCGCCUAUUCGAGAUAACCCGUCUUCAAUUUAUCACAAGCACCGCUAACUUACUCUCUGACGACUCUACAACUCCCCCUAAAACCAUGAAUCCCGAAACCCAAUUCCCCAUUUUGGAAGAAAUCCACUUUUCCAGCAAAGAAAAUGAAGAUGGGGAAAUGGGCUCUCUCCUAAAUUUGUUACCUGAGUUAAAUUGGCAAGUUGGUGAUCAUGCAAGCGAAGAAGGGGAUCCUUUGUCAUUGGGUUCUGAUGAAAUUGUUGAUAAUUCGUGUUCUCUCUCUAUAUGCAGUGAUGUUAGUAGUAUCUGUGGUGAAGAAUUCAUGGGACUGGAGUCAGCUGAUGAUAGGAGCCCCAGCUCUGUGGAUCUCGAGAAUUGUGCAACAGGAGCUCUCGAGACCGGGAGUAUGGUGUCCGGAAUUACAUUGAAGGGAUCGAGAAUCAAGUCAGAGGGGGAAAUUGGGGUCAACUCCAUUAGUGAAAAUUCAAUUGUUGGUACUGAUUGUUUGGUCUUGAGUGAGCUCAAUGUUCUUGUUCCUCCUGUUAUUGAGCUGCAUUCUCAUCAAAGUUUUCAGGAAAUAAAAAGUGGACCACCUUGGGGUUGUAUGUCUUUAUGCGGGAGAAGGCCUGAGAUGGAGGACGCUUUGGCGGUUGUGCCCGAGUUCCACAGGCUACCAACUUGGUUGCUUGGUGGCGAGUCUGAUGUUGAAAAGCCGAAGUGCUCGGUUGUUCAUUUCUUUGGGGUUUAUGAUGGUCACGGUGGUGCACAGGUGGCAAACUAUUGUAAGGAUCGUUUGCAUUUGGCUCUCACUGAGGAGCUUGAUGCUCUUGGGGCUGAAUUCAAGGAAAGCAGGGAAACCUGGCAAAAACAGUGGGAGAAAGCUUUCAACAGUUGCUUUUUAAAGGUCGAUGCUGAGGUUGGAGGGAAUAAUCACCAACCAGUUGCCCCCGAAACUGUGGGGUCCACUGCAGUGGUUUCUGUUCUUUCUUCCACGCAUAUAAUUGUUGCAAAUUGUGGGGACUCAAGGGCGGUCCUCUGUCGAGGAAAAGAGGCGAUGCCCCUCUCAAUUGAUCAUAAGCCAAAGAGAGAGGAUGAAUAUGCAAGGAUUGAAGCAGCUGGAGGCAAGGUCAUACAGUGGAAUGGAUAUAGAGUAUUGGGUGUGCUUGCUAUGUCGAGGUCAAUUGGUGACCGCUACCUCAAACCAUGGAUUAUUCCUGACCCUGAAGUCAUGAUCAUUUCUCGAACGAAAGAAGAUGAGUGCCUUAUCUUAGCAAGCGAUGGGCUAUGGGAUGUUAUGUCCAAUGAGGAGGUGUGUGACAUGGCUCGGAGGCGCCUUUUGCAAUGGUACAAGAAGAACCCGGCUACCCCAUCAACAGAAAGUGUUCAUUUAGCUGCACAGUCAGCUGCUGAUUAUCUCUCAAAGCUUGCUCUCCAAAAGGGCAGCAAAGACAAUAUUACAGUUAUUGUAGUAGACCUGAAAGGUCGUCGAAAAGUGAGGACCAAGGCACGAGAACCGGUAAGUUAGUAGUGUUACAAACUGAACUUUAGUCUUUAUCCUAUGAACAUAUGUCAGUCUUUUUAUGUUUACAGUGAGGCAAUACAUCUACUUGCCCGUUUCGUUUUUAUAUGUCGGGCUUAAAAGCUUGUAUGGGUACAUAAGUACAUAUAUAAGAAGCAUUUUGUUCAUAGAGUUUAACACCAUAGAGUUAAGUCCCUGACUGUUUCUAGAGUUAUACCCUUGCAAGUGCUGCUCCCUUGUUUAAUUAUGUUUCUCUCAAGAUUAACCUCAACUUCCUCUAUUGUUAGAUGGAACUCAAGAUGACUCUUGAAACCCAAAAACGAGUGCCCAUCUUCUUUGGGCCCUUAAGAUUUAUGUAUAAGUUUGUUAAACGAGCUUGUAUCCAUACAUAUAUAUGAGAAGAGUUUUACACCA